AUGAGCGCACUGAGUCCCGACACACUGUCGCACCUUCUGAACUACCCCUCUCAACCACCGCCUGCAGGCGUGACGCCCAACUUUGUCAAUCCCAGUUCCAUCGCCUACCAGGUUUAUGUCACCGCGGGCGUGUGCAUUUCGCUGAUGGUGGUGUUUUCGCUGCUCAGGCUCAUCUCCAAGACAUAUUUCCCGCAGAAACCGACCAAUGUCGGCGAAGAAAGUGUGACUGGAGGUUCAUUUGGCAGGCAUGCUUGGGAUGUCCUUCUAGGCGCCUUUACCAAACCGCAGCUCGUGCUAUCUCUCCUCGUCGAGAUCACCGGGCCAUUAGCAAUUUGUGCUGUCAAAGUCUCCGUCCUGAUCCUGUACUUGCGCAUCUUCAGUGUCCUGAGAUGGAUGCGUAUUGUCUCCAUUGGCAGCAUCAUCGUCAUUACGGCCUGGCAUCUUUCGAUGUCUAUCGCGUUUGCAGCUAUGUGCGCACCUUCGCCUUCAGCAGGCGCUUCGCAGCUCGAUUUUCUAAGCGCUUAUGUCUCCAGCACGUGCACGCACACGCGCGUCCUCGUUGUGUUCCAGGGCGCCAGCAACGUUGCCAUUGACCUGUUUCUUCUUGUCCUGCCACUGCCAGCCAUCUGGAGCGGCCAGAUGCCACUGCGACGGAAGCUUGCAACCUCGGCCAUGUUUUCAAUAGGUCUUAGUGCUUGUGCCUCUAGCAUCAUCGGCCUUGUUUACAGGGUGCGCUUCUACAGAAUCGGCUCAGACAACACGUAUCUUGUUGUUCCGUUGUGGGCGACAGCCAUAGCCGAAGAGGCAGCCGGUGUCGUAGUCUGCUGUCUACCAGCUGCGGCUGUAGUAUUCAGAUCAGUACGGCAACGUCCAACGGGGUAUAAACGGUCAGAGGACAGUGCAAAUUCCAACUACUCUCAGCUAUACUCUCGCAGCAGUUCAAACCGCAUUUGGAGUGAUACCGAGGCUGACAGCUAUGCCUUGCUGCAGAUGCAAUCCGGCAUCGUGAAGAAGACUGACCUUGAGGUUCUAGGGAGGAGGGUUUGA